AUGGCUCGGGAGGUGCUGGCCCUGGGCGAGCAGCUGGCGGCCGAGGCCACCUGCCCGGUGUGCCUGGAGCUGUUCGCGCAGCCCGUGCUCACCGAGUGCGGGCACAGCUUCUGCGAGCGCUGCCUGGGGGCCGUGCUGGGGGAGCCCCCGCGCCCCGCCGCCUGCCCGCAGUGCCGCGCCGCGGUGUCUCCGGGCUCGCUGCGCCCCAACCGCUCGCUGGGCGCCGUGGCGGGGCUGGCGGGGGCCCUGGAGGAGGCGGCGCGGCGGCCCCGCUGCCCCGAGCACGGCGAGCCCCUGGCGCUGUUCUGCGAGCCCUGCGCGGCCCCGCUCUGCGCGCUCUGCCGGGACGGGCCCGCGCACCGCCCGCACCGCGCCCGCAACGCCCACCGCGCUGCCCGGGACCUGCGGGAGACACUCCAGAACAACCUGGAUUUUCUGCAAAAGGCGAAGGAAGAAUUAAAGUCCAAAGGAGAGCCAAGAAGUGAUGAGCUGCUGCAUAGGAUGGCCUUGGAGGAAGAGAUGCUGCAGAACGCCUUUGAGGAUCUGGAGAAGUUCCUGCAGGAGCAGAAGAAGGCUCUGCUGGCCCAGCUUGGCCCAGUGUCCCAGGAGCUCAUCAAGAGAUCCUCCGAAUACAACUCCAGUGUUGCAGAGAGGAAAUCGCUGCUGGACACGCUGAUUGCGGACAUCGAGAAGAAACGUGACCAGCCAGACGUGGAAUUCCUCAUGGAUGUUGGCAAAAUCCUGAGCGGCUGUGAGGCAGCCAAGGCCCCGAUCCCAGAGGCAGUUUCCCCGGAGCUGCAGAGGACUGUUGAGACCCUCUCUGAGACGUGCCAGCUGGUGCUGGGCACAGUGGCCAAAUUCAAAGGGAACCUGCUGAGCAAGAUGGACAGGGAAAGGGAGAAGGUGACACUGGACCCAGAGACGGCGAGUCCUUUCCUGAUCCUCUCUGCAGACCACAGAACCGUGCGCCUGGGAAAGGGAUUCCAGAACAUCCCUGACACCCCCCAGAGAUUCAUGGGCAGCCCCAGCGUGCUGGGCUCCCAGGGCUUCCAGACUGGGAGGCAUUACUGGGAGCUGGAGGUGGGGAAGGGGGACAGCUGGGCCGUGGGGGUGGCCCUGGAGUCCGUGCAGAGGAAGGACUCGCUCAGCUUGGCCCUGGGCAAGAUCUGGGCCCUGCGGCUGGGCUGGGAUGGCCAGUACACGGCGCUCCACGGGUUACCCGCCCUGCUGGCGCUGGAGGAAAAGCCCCGGAGAAUCAGGGUCCACCUGGACUACGAAGAGGGCCGAGUGACCUUCUACAACGCAGAGAACAUGGUGCAGAUCUUGCAGUUCGAGACCUCCUUCACCGAGAGGGUCUUCCCGUAUUUCUGGCUGUGGUCAGCAGAAACCUUCAUCCGCCUGUGUGACUGAUGGGCUGGGGUGCCUCCUGGUGCCCUGCCGUGCCCUGGGCUGGCUGAGCAGGCAGGAACGUGGCAGUGACACAGCACCACGCUGCGGACUCGCCACAGCUCUGCCUGGGCUGGGUGUGCUCUGCACUGUGCUGCAUCUCCUCCUUCCGAGCCCUUUGGAGCAUUAAAGCUGUGCUGUGCUGCCUGGGGGUGUCUGCAUGCUGGUGUCCUGGCUGGAUCCCACGGUGACAGUGUCCUGCCUGUCCCUGUGGGCACCGAGGACAAGGAGUAAUCAGCAGGGAAGGCUCUGAUUGCCCAUGCGGGUUUUUAGCAGCGCUGCGUGGCUCGUAGCAUGGCUUGGUGUGGGGUGACGUGCUGUAGGGAGGGUGCAGCCACCCCACACCCAGGAAGUCAGGGUGGAGACACGACCUGAGAGUGGUGGCUGAAAACCCCUGUAAAAACGGUUUCUAGACAGGAAAGUGUUCAGGGAGGGGCAGGGCAGACUGGAGAGCUGGACUGAGCAUGCAGCCAGAGCCUCUCGAGGCCGGGAGAGCAGCAGGAGUGUGACGGGGAUCUGUGAGAUCCUGGGGGGUCAGGGCAGGAGCAAACACCACGCUGUGUAAUCCAGGCACUGGGAACACUGUGUGCCUGGUGGGUGACAGGGCCUGGGCGGAGGAGCAGGAUCUCCUGGAUCCAGCAUGAUCCAUGUGUGUCUAUUUUUAAGGCAAAUGGUACUCUGGGUAAAUGCCACGCUCGCUUUUGCCCUUUUACCCUAAUAUUUUUCUGUA